CCGCCUCAGCCUCGGGCCGGUCUUCCCUCCUCCUCACCGCGGCGCGUUCUCAUCUCCGCCGUGCGGAUCCUCAGAGAGUUUGAAUUAUGGAGCUUCCUGUUUUGCAGAGUGUGUAGAACACAGUGCAUCGUACUUCCCCAAAAGAGCUAGAUACAGUUUCAGGUAUUCAGCAGUCACCAGCACAUUCCUGCAGGGAAGUAUUUACAAAAGCAGUGGCAUCUCUCUGGCGAGCACAGUGAUCAUUGAGGUAUUGGGGAAUUGCCAGAUGGUUUUGAAAAUGCAAGAUGUACAGAUUAAGAAAAGUCUUUCAUCCAGAGAGGAACCUCUGAAGGAAAUGGACAGUCUGAGGGAAAGACUAGAACAGCAUCCUCUUCAUUUUUCUUUCCACGAUGGGAAAGUUCUGAAGCUCUGUCCUGUGAGGAGUGAACAGACCUGGGCACUGAACAUAAAGCGAGGCAUUCUCAGUGUCCUGCAGACGUCACAAGCAUCCACUGCUAGUGCAGUUGUUGAAGAGGUGGAUGUUCUUGGAAUAUGCCCAACCAGGUAUCAGCGAAAAGGUCCUAAUCUUGUCAAGACAAGGGACUUAAGCCUCUGCUCUCAUCGGUAUUCUGGUUCUACUUCUGUGCAGUCCGUUGCUCUUCCUCAUAUGUCAUCUGAGCAGCAGAUCCUGUCCUCCAAACUGGAAUGUGUUCAGAGCAUUAAGGAUGGAGUACUGGUGGAGGCCAAAUGUACCGAGUCCAAUCUUGUUACACCGUUCUCUCAGAAGGGCAGUGGGGCAAAGACACAGACACAGUCUUCACUGAAACUCUUUCAAGUGGAAACAGAGACACUGUACAAAAAAGUUGGCUCUGAGGAUCUGUAUGUGACCAGCAUGCUCUAUGAAAGGGAACAAACUGAGAAGGAAGUCACUGGAGGGAAAGUAACUGAACUAGUGUGGAAACUUUGCUUAGCACAUAGUACGAGUUUUGAGACUGCAGAGCUUUUCAUGACUCUUGUGUUUGAGCUUCGACAUCUUUCUCUUGAGGCCUUAAAAGCACUAUGGAAAAGAUCUUCUUUUAAAUGCAGAGACAACUGGCAGCCACUAAUAGAUGCUCUCCCAUCUUGUGCUACAGAGGCAUGUGUUGUCCUAAUGAAAGAAAUUAUAGCUUCUGGAGAAGUCGAGGAAGACAAAGUGGAAUAUUUCUUCUGGUCAUUUUCAUUCAUUCCUAAACCCACCCCGGGCAUGAUUGAAUCUCUUGCUCCUUUGCUGAAGUUACCGGGAGCAAGCCAGAGCUGCUUCUUAGGAGUAGCUGCUCUCUUACAUAGGUUUUGUUCAGUUUACACCUUCUGUGAUGAUGUACCUGCUGUGCAGAGUGUGAUGAGGACUCUUGGGAAAUUUUUGGGAGGAAACUGUACCGUGCAAGAUUCAGAAGGGCUCAGCCAGAUGCAACUGGUGUUAAAAGCCAUUGGAAAUGCAGGACUGGCAGCAGCUUCGCUAGCUCCUGUUUUGAGCUUGUGUGCUUCCCUGAAAAGUAAUCCGAUUGAAAUUCGUCUAGCUGCUAUCCAUGCCUUCAGGCGCAUUCCCUGUUCUGUCAGGAAUGCUAUAUUAAUUCAGCUGUAUCAAGCAACCAGUGAAGAUGUGGAAGUAAGGAUUGCUGCUUAUUAUAUAGCAAUGAAAUGUCCACAUGAAGAGUUAUUUAAACAAGUACAAGAGACUUUGCUGAAAGAAACAUCCAGUCAAGUGGGCUCCUUUGUUUGGAGUCAUCUCUCUCAGCUCCUGGAGACGGAUGAUCCAUUGAAGGAGCACCUUCGUGAUUCUAUUCCUGAUGAAAUCCUUAGCAGAGAUUUUGACCGGGAGACAUGGAAAUACUCCUCAUAUUCUGAUGUCACGUUCCACUCAGCUGGUGCAGGUGCAAAUAUGGAAGCAUCAGUGGUCUUUUCUCCUGCAUCUUUUCUACCACGAUCAGUCAUGACAAAUUUGACUGUUCACCUUAUGGGGCAGGCUAUAAAUCUACUGGAGGUUGGUAUACGAUUAGAGAAUGCUGAAGCUCUCGUGCAGAAGAUUUUUGGGCAGAAGUCUGCUACUUUCAGUGACCAUUUUUUUGCAAACACUAAUGAAAGAAACCACAAGUCAGAAAACCCAGUGGAAAGCACAGGAAAAGUCAAGCAGAGGAAGCUGACUUCGAAGCAAUACAGCCCAGCUGAUCAUCUUGUGACCAAGUCUGGCAAGACAAAGUUGAGGAAAGCUAACCAGAAUUGUCCUGGUAGAAAGUACAGUAAGAUGAGUGAGUUAGUCAAAAAGUUCACUGAAAGAACAGUGAGAAAGGAGGCACUGAAAUGUGAGCUAAGCAUGAAAAUCUUUGGAAAUGAACUUAGCUUCUUGGAUUGUGAAGAUUUAAGAAAACAAAUGAAACAUUAUUCUUCAAAUCUGGCUGAGUUGGCUGUCAAACUUCUGAAGGGGCAAGAAGUCCAGUUUAAUAAAAGGCUGAGUUUGGCCACUGAAGAAUUGCAGUUUCCAGCAAUUUCAGGCUUUCCUGUUCAGCUGGCAGUCAAUGCCUCAGCAGCAAUCAACAUAAAAAUCAAAGGGAAUGUGGAUUUCAAACAACAGUCAAAUUUCUUUCUAAAUGGAUAUAUCAAGCCAAGUGCAUUUGUACAGCUUUCUGUCCAAAUGGGAACUGUGGGGACUCUGGGACAAGCUGGCCUAAGCUGGUUAACAGGAAUGAGGACAUCUACUAGUCUUGAUGGGGGAAUCCAGGUAAAAAAAGGGCGAGAGCUCAAAGUUUUCUUGAACACUCCAGAAGAAUCUAUGGAGAUAAUUAAUUUCAGCUCUAAACUCUACUUCACAAUGGUGGAUGAGACAGAAGAUACAGAUGUUUUCCAAGACCACACAGAAACCAGAUCUUGCACUAGAAAGGAAGUGUCUGAGAUUAUUGGCUGGCAGCUGUGUUCUGAAAUGUCAUAUCCUGACCCAGUCAGUGGUUUGGUGUUCCCCCUUACUGGACCUUUGAGACUGGCUGUCACAUUAACUAAGCAAGACAAAGGCCUGCAGCAGUACAUUGUAGAAGCUGCAUAUAACUAUAUUCCUCAGGAGAAUUCAUGGAUCCCAAAUGAAGCUGUCCUUCACUUCUUCAUUGGGACUCCGAAGUCAGACUUGAAAAGGGAUGUUGGUGUUGACGUGAAUUUUAGUGUCCCACAGAAGAAAUUCAGAAUCAAAUUUAUACAACCUAAGAAAAAAAUCGAGAUUGAUGGGAAAAUUGAGUUUUCUAAAAAUUCACGAAUUGGACACCUGGAGCUGAUAGUAGAUGACCGAGAUGUAUAUUACAUUAAGGGAAUGACAGAUUUCCAGAUGCUGAGUGGAGAGCAGAGAUACAUGACCCAACUGGAGGUAAAGCUGAUAAAGCAAAGCAGUCCUAUCAUUCUAUCAGGAAACAUCACUAAACAACUUGGCAAGAAGAUAGCUUUCUCAGUAUCCCUGAAUAAUUUAUUGAAGGAUGCUGCAUUUCUUUCAGCAUUUCUGGAGAAAAAAGUUGAUGAAAAGCUGAGACAAUACUUACUGGAAGGGGAAACUUACCUUCCAGGUGUUCUUGGAGUUCACGUCAUCGGUCUUCUCCAACAACGUGAGGGCUUGUGGUCUCAAGUUUUGAGGAUAAAAUAUGGACUCCUAGGAGAGGCAAAAAAUCUUCAUCAUGAAUGCAGUACGCGGCAAAAGAUUAAAGUGGAGACAGGUGCACAUGGCAUGUACAAACUUGAUAUUGGGCAUGAAUUUCACUGUAUGCAGACUCCGACCUACAAUCACAAGGUUCACCUGAAACAUGAAGCGAGUGCGUCUUGGCUUUCCUCCCAGAUGGAAGUCAACUAUGGGAAACACUGGGAUGAAAUAAACAACAAGAAGAAACUGCUGAUCAGCCAAGCAUUUAAGAACAGUUCCAGUUCAUCUCUAGUCAGCUAUUUCAUGGAGUUUACUAUGCAAGUCCUGGAAAAACAGGUGAAUUACAGAACCCGGCUGCAGCACUCGCACAACUCUCAGGUUUAUUUGCAGAGUAGCACCAACUUUGAGGUGCAGUAUAACGACCACGUGCCAUUUGUGGCUGGGCUGCAGUGGAAAGACGCAUCCAGAAAUGGCUUGAAGAAGUGGGAAGGUGGAUUAAAUAUAGACACCCCAUGGCUAUAUCUGUAUGCAGCUCACAAACUACAUCAGCCUCAGCAUUCUGCUUAUUUAUUGACUAUGGAGCUGACAACUGGAAAAGCUCUCUCUAUUAACAAUCUUAUAGUGGAACUGUUCUAUAAAGAUCAAGGCAAUGAAAAGGAAGGGAAAGUUCACAUUUACACGCCAGCUGCCACGUACCUGCAGGCAUCCACAUUUAAUCAUGUUGAGUGGAAUGUUCUGCAUAGCUAUAGUGAAAUGAUAUCUCUGUGGAAUCAGCUUGUGAAGAAUGAGAUUCAUUUGGAGAAUAACCACCGAGCCAAAUCUCUCUGCUUUAAAAUAAAGAGUACAAAACAUGAAUUUAACUUCACAGCCAGUUAUCAGAAUCUGCCAAUGCCUAAGACGACAAACUUCUCUAUGAAGACUGUAUGGAGAGAUUAUAAAAGUCUGCCUGUCAUACUGCAGUUUGAAGGUCAGAUAGAAGAGCUGAAGAAGGAGAAGAUGCUCUAUCAAAAACGUGGAACCCUCCAUUUCAGGCAUCCUUUUAAAGUGCCCCUUCUGCAGAGCUUCCUGCUGGAGGAGACAUUUACUGUUGACAAAAAGCAAAAGCACUAUUUCUUGGAAACAAAAGUUUUGAUAAAUGGGGUGGAGGAAACAGUUCAAACUCUUACACUUGGUUACCAACCUGAAAAGCCCUAUAUUUGUGCUGGCUUAACUCAUCCUUAUAACUACAGGUUGUUUCCCAAAGAUGUUGAAAUAUGCAUUUUAACUCAAAGUCACCAAAAUGUGAAGCAUGAGCUUGAGGCUACCUUGAAGGUCAAUAAGGAAGAUCUUCUCAGCUUUCUAGGGAGAUAUCAGGACAAAUCCAGUGAGGCAGAUUUUAGACAUCUUUUACACAUGGAUGUGACACAUUCAUUCCAGCUUGAGUUUCCACAAGCAAUGGGCCUAAGUGGGGAGCUGUUUUCCAGGCAGACUAAACUGGCACACUUUGACUACAGUGUGAGUGUAAAAGCCAUCAUCAACAAGAACAUGUCUUCACAGGCCCAGGCAGCCCUAAAGAGUUAUGGUGAGAGCCAUUUCAAUGGCUCUCUGUACCUUCAUUCCAAUGGAAGGGACAUGCUGAUGCUGGAGGUUGAUACGAACAACGAAAACCGGAAGAAUGCCAGAGUUAUCGAAUUGAGGGCUUUCCUCCAUCAGACAGUCCUGACAAACCCAGAAUCAAUACACUUCCAACUCAUGGGCAAAAUACUUCCGUCAAGACUUUUGAUAUCUUCUGAGAUGAAGCUUAAUGAAAAUAGGCUUCACAUGGAUUUCACGGGAGCCAGGGAGCAGAAAAUUGGUUUUGUUUUGUCCCUAAAUGGAAAAGUCCAACACACAUUUGCUGAAUUAAACGCCAUACCUCAUCAUCUUUCUCUGAAUGGAUUACUGAAGUGCAGAAACAACGUUCAUGAUGGUAACAUCAAGGUGAUGGUCAACGAAACACUGUAUGGACUUCAUCUCAGGAACAGAAACGUGUUUGGGAACACCACCAUACACAGUAUCAUUUUCGCUAUAUUUCAGAAUGGCAGUCAGGCAAUCCCAAUGGAGGCAAAACUCAAAGGACACCUGGAGCUGAGUAGAGAGAUGAAAAGGGGGCUAGCUAGCUUCCAGGUGGAUGAGAAAGCCCUUUCUGUAGAUUUUUCCAAUAUCAUGAGCUGUGGGCACAGCAGAGUCAGUGGGACUUUCACACAUAAUAUCAGCUUUUUUGAAAAUGCAGGAUUGCCCUUGGAUGGCAUUCUUACUGCCAUGUGUGACCAUGGCACAAGAAAUCACACCGUUACUGUAGCCCUACAGAGUGGCAGUGAAAGUAUUACGGCUAUGUUUGGAGGUCACAGACUGUCCACAGAGCCUCCUAAAUCCCAGCUAUCUGUGAGUUUAAAGCACAACAUCUCAAAGAUGAAGAAACAUGGGAUCCCUUUUAUUAUGGAAGCUGCUGGCUAUUAUGAGCGCUGGGAGUCGCACCGGGAUAUUUCCACGAAUGUGCAUCUCGAUGAGAAACAAAUUAAUUUCACCAAAAAGAUUGCUGCAGGGAUAACAACCACAGUGGAGAUGGAACAGCUCAAAAUUGAAAUAGAGAAGAAAACCACUGGCAGUGCUAUGGAAAUUUCUCUUUCACUUCACCAUGACGUGGGAGGACUAAUUGACAUUGUUCCAUGUGUACUAGAGGUUGCUUGCAGUGGAGAAUCUGCUAACAAACAACUUUCUGGUCUUUGCAAUGGAGCAAUUAGAUUUCAUCAUUUUGAGACUCCAGCAAGAGUUUCACUGAAUGCGUCAGUGUUUACCAGCAACUUUACUGCUGUCAUCUUUGGACAUGUUUCUUUUCAUGACAUGUUUGCUGACCUGCAACUCCAUGCCACCACUAACGACCAGCCUCAUUUGGAAAUUAACUUCCAGCAUUCUUUGCCUUUGCUGCAGUCUCUGGGAAUUGCCAGAGAGAACCAAGUGUUGGUGUCUGCCAUGAGAAGUGACAAGUAUAAGGGCACGUUUGCUAUUGUCCUUGGGUCUUGCAGUUUAACAGCUGAUGGAGAAGUGAGCCUGGCAAGCAAUGAAAUGGAUACGGAGUGGGUACUUACUUUCAGAAACAAGUGCAUCAGUCUAGAGAGGAUGGGAUUGCCUCAUGCUGUAGCCUUUGGGGGCUCAUUUCAACAGAACAUCUGCAACGUUGGCUUGUUAAUGAACCUCCAGUGUGAUGGCAGAACAGUUGACGUGCAGAUAGACACUUCCUGCGAACACGAAUAUAUGCUCCAAGGGGUGCUCAGACAUUCAGUUCACUGGCUGAGUCAGCUUGGGCUGCCUUUUGAAAACUCUGUCCUAUUAUCAGCAGCCACAGACUCCACCACUGAGGGCCUUUUGUUGCUGCAGGCUGGCAAAUGCAAACUUAAGGCUAGAGGAGAUCUCUCUGUUCAGAAUAAAGCUGAAUGGACACUGGAAACAGAAACAGAAUGUCACCUUCUACAGGAUCUCAGUAUUCCAACUCAGUCACGGCUCACAGGAUCUAUUCAGAAAGACAAGUGCCAGGCAGAAGUUCUCUGUGUCCUUGAAACAGAAGGCAAGACUGCCCGUCUUGAAGUGAGAGCAGAGUGCAAGCCAAAGAUUACACUGGAAAUUCAAUUCAGGCAUGACCUCCCUCAACUGACAGAAAUCCCAAGGGAAAAUAAGUUCUCCAUCACUGCACGAAACCAGUUAAAGUAUCAUAUUGGAAUAGGAAUGAAAUCGGGUGCUUGUGAGCUUCAAAUGAACGGGGACUUCGACCCUGAAAAGAAGUUUCAGUGGAAAAUGUGUAUAGAAAACAAAUGCCAAACAAUUCAGGAUCUUGGAGCACCAGUAAAAGUUGAUGGGUCAGGCUAUAUUUCAUUGGAUAAAACGAACCUUGAUUCACAGAUGUUGAUCACUGUUGAUGAAAGUAAAUUACAAGGACUCCUUAUGCUGAAAGUCACUGAUGAAAGACAAGAGUUGGACGCGCUGCUAACCCAUAACAUUCAAGCUGCUGCUGACAUUGGCAUUCCUAGGAGGAUGUUAGUUGAUGUGGUAUCAGAAAAAACCAACAACUUCUACAAAAGACUUACUCACUUUUGUGUGAACAGCAAGCAAAUUACAGAAGAACUGAGCUUUGUCCAGAAGUUGGAUGUUGUGUCUCUUCACUACAAACUUACUCAUAACAUGGAGGCACUGAAGACCUUGCAAAUAGAAGACAGGAUUGAGUUGCAGGCUAUCUUGAACCUGGAAGUGAUCAAGAGCUUUAGUAUGAAAGUGCAUUACGGUGCUCACCUAAUGGUUCUUGAAGGACAAAUCCAGGAGUUUGAAACAAGUACUAACAUAACUGGGAAUUUCCAUCAUACUUGGCCAUGGCUGCUACAAUCCAGAAUCCCAUCAUCCUUACAGAUAGAUGUGGUUUUUCAAGGGAAAAACACUACUCAAGAAAGAUACAUCCACAUUGCAGCUGGAGAAACAUCAAUCACAUACAUCAUAAACUCCUAUUAUGUUGAUCACCAAGUGGAUAUCUUUUGCCAAAGUGUACAUAGUAGCGAGGCACUAGAGGCAUCUGGUUACCCUAAGGCAAUCAACUUGAUUCUCAGUUUACAGAAAUCGGACAACAAAGCCAAGACUAUCUGUGAAGUCCAAUAUGAUGACAAAGAUAUAACUGUGACUAUGGAUGUUGACACAGACCUUCAACUCUAUGGUAUAUUUGAAUUUAUGGCAGAAGUGAAGCAUUCAAUAUCACUUCUCCAUCAUCUGGGACUUCCCUUCUUUCUUAAGAUGACAAUUCAAGAAGUCCUGACUGAAAAUGAAAUUGAAGGAGCUCUGAGGCUGACCUAUGAAAAAAGCACAAACUUCUCCUUUAUCAUCAGUAGGAAAAAAGACCAAGAAGGUGAAGAGUUGAAUAUAAAAGUACUCCAGACUCAUCCCUUCUUUCUACAGUACUUCCCCAGUGCAGCAGAACUGUCUUCUAAGGUAAAUUAUGAUAUGAGUGAAGCAAAAGGCAAACUCUACCUCAGGAUGGAAAAAAGGGAUUUCAAUGCUACAGCUAAGCUGACUUGCACUGGAACCAACUACAGUAAUAUCAUUGAAAUAAUACAGACAAUGUCCCAGUUAAAAAUUCUUCCAAGGCAGCUUGUGUUUAUGAUGGAUUACCAAAAAGGCAACAGAACACGUAUGCUGAGGCACAUUGCUGUGUGGGAUGGUAAAGAGAUAAAGGUAACAGGCACUUACACUGGACCCUUCCCAAAGUUGCCUGGAGGUCAUGACGUUCAGGUGGAACUUUUCCAUCCUCUCUCCAUCCCUUUCCCAUGGCAUGCUAGGGUCAACUUGUAUGUGAAGCAUUUGGCACGCAGUCACCGGGAUGAUCUUACUGUCGUUUGGAAUGAGAAGGACCAGGUAUCGGUGUCAUCUUCUCUGAAGUUUGGAAGAGACCGUAUGAACUACAGAGCCACAGUUGCCCACCCUUUUAAUUACACUCUGAAGCAACUGGAGGUCCAUUCCCUGUCAGAAAGAAGAGGCAGAAAGUACAACCAGCAGCUGCAGCUCACAGGGAAUGGUGGGCAGCCUGCUGACAUCCGACUGACCCUGGAGGAUAAAUCAAAGAUGAACGUCACUGCCUGGGAUGGCUGUGUGACACUCUCUUCAGGUCAGCUUCAGAGAGUAUUAAGUCUGGAACAUCUGCAUGCCUGUGGUUCUCUAGAGAGAAGAUUAGCGUCAUUUAAUGAAUAUCUAGAUCUGAACUGGGAUGACAAAAAAUUCAAACACAAUUUAACUUAUGAGAGAAAUCAAUUCUUAUCUCCUGAUAAAUUUCAGUUAGAAGCUGUUCUGGAAAAUAUUUUCCUGACCUCAUGCACCAAACAGAAGAUUCUGGGGAAAAUAGAAACAAACUACUCGUCUUGCCUCGACUAUUAUAUGAGCUUUGAGUUCUGUGACCUUCCAAAUGUAAUUGUUUUCUCUGGAAAACACCAGCUCAACAAAGAUGACAUCAUUUUGCAAUCAGAGGGUAGAUUCCACCUUGCUGAUCAUGGGAGAGAUGAGGGGUUGAUUGGAGUAUCCUUAAAAAAUCAAAGUACAGCUGAUGUGAAGAACUAUUCUUUGGAAAUUGAAUUAAAAGCCUUUGAAGAUAUUUGGCUAGGCGUGACAGGAACUGCUACUUCCUCAUCCGUUCAGAGCCAAAUCCUGGUGGAGGGGAGUAUUGAUCAGAAAGAAAAAGUAAAAGUAGCUGCUUCUAAAGGAAAGGAGUGUUUUCAGUACUACAUGGGGUAUUUGAAAGGGGAUUUGGAAGAAGGAAUGGAAGUCAGUGCUUGUACUGAUGGGCAACAGAUGGCUACUGUUAAUACCUAUCUUAACAUUAACGGUGAAAGGCAAGAAAACAUGGGACAAAUGAUUCUCAGAGCUGUUAAUGGAAGCUUGAGUUUUCUGGCUCAUGGAUGUGGGGAUCCAGUUCUUAAGGCUGAGUACAAACUUAACGAAAUUGGCAACCUUCUGAAAACCAAACUGAUGGAGAAGAUUAAGAAGUUUGACGGAUAUAUGUGGAGAUUCAGGAGAUCAGUGCAGCAAGUUGCUUUUCUGUCUGAAGCAGCUGGCUGGCCUUCGAUAGCCUUGCAAAAGGCAGCAGGAUUCCUCCACAGUGUGUGUAGAGCUGCCGCCCAGGUGUGGAAGCAAAGUGGAAUCAGGCAGAUACUGAGCAGCAAGCUCCCACUUUACCUGGAUAAAAUUCAAGGCAUUGUCCAGCAAAUGCAGAAUGAAUUGCAAAAGCCAUUAGCAACUUUGAAGGAUGCCUACUACGAUGUAACCUUGAAGCCGCUGGAUGAAGUUUGGCAAGAGAAGACAGAAGAGUACAUGAAGAAAAUCCAAGCUUUUUUGCCCAGGAUUGUAAAAGAUGUGUGGCUAAUGGAACCAAUCCAGGUGGCAUUAAAGGUUGUGAAAGCAGGCUUGGAUAUGACGACGCAGCAGAUGCUGAGGUGGGCAGAGGCCACGUUUGCUAGAGCUGUGAGCAAGAUCCGGAAGCCCUUACUCAACCUUUACAGUUUUUCACCCAGGAAUUGUGCAGUGGCAGUAAAACUACCAGUACUUCCUAAAGCAGGCCACUCCCUGGAUCUGGCAAAUAUUACUACUUAUCUAAUUGAAGAAAAGCUAAUGAGGCCUCUCCAGGAUCUCUACAAUAUCAACAUAGUUGCAGAGUAUUACAGAUUCAAACGGAGGAUGAUGGAGAGUCCCUUUGAAUAUCAUGCUAUGUUAAUGGGGACCAAGCAUCUUAUGACUUUUGAUGGAAAAAUCUAUGAUUUGGCAUCGAAGUGCAGUGUACUUCUUGCCAAGGAUUUUGUUCACAACACUUUCACUGUAAUACUAAAUGAGGAGACUAGUAACUCAAGAUCACUGUAUGUGGAGAUGAACCAGACCGUGAUCAGUAUCUACCCAGGAUUGAAGAUAUCCACAAUGUAUAACUUUCCCUUUAUGGAAGAGACCUGCCAAGGACUGGAUCAAUCCCUUGAGAAAAAUACGACUAAUUCAAGGAGAGACACCAACAAAAUUGAAGUGUCUAAUCAGAAAGGAGUCUCUGUCUCUUGUGACUUUCAGUACGAUCUUUGUACUGUCACGCUGGCUGGCUGGCACCAUGGUAUUUCAGCUGGGCUUUUUGGUACCAAUGAUAAUGAAGCUGGAAAUGAAUGGCUACUUCCUAACCACUCCUUCAGCAACAGCGUGCAAGAGUUCACACGCAGCUGGCAGGUGAACGAGUGCAGUCUCAUACAGAAGAAAGCGAAGCCAUGUCCAAUUACAGCCAAGCAAAAAGUCUGUAAAGUGUUUUUUGAAGACUCACAUUCACUUCUCAGGAACUGCUUCAGAGUUGUGGACCCUGAACCGUUCUACAGCAUGUGUACGUACGACACCUGCGACUCCCCUGAGUUGAAGGCUGCCUGCAGUUUAGCAGCAGCUUUUGUUCAUUUGUGCAACCGAAAUUUUGUCCCUGUGGAAAUUCCUCCUCAGUGCUUGAGCCAGUUCUGAAUGGCAGAUACCAGCCCUGAAGAUGGAAGAACCCUUUCAGCACCCAAAAUAAAACAGCUAUUUUAGGUAGACAAGCUAGAAUCAAUACUAAGGAGAACAGUAAAAGCGUGAAUGAAUUAGUGUUAGGACUAUGAAUAUAUAGUAGAAAGGGAAAGCUUUUCACCCAGAAACAGCUGAGGGCAAAAGGAAUGGUUUCAGUACCAUGACAAGAAACUAUAAUCAACCAGAAGAAACUGGACAGAAGAGUAUCGGUUACUUUAAUUAAAAAAAAAAACAAAAACAAA